AUUAUAGAAACGGGUGAUGUGGUCAUGUUGCAGAGGCUCCGCGUGGACUCGGGUUCAAGCCGCCUGCUAGUUCUGAUGAAGCCGCACAGAAGAGGGCAUCAUCGCGAGGACUAGGAGCACACGACACCUCCCCCCCUUUUCCCCAAACAAGAAUGGGGUAUCAUCCAGGAACGCGAAAGAAAAGAUAGAACAGUAAGCAGUAAACGUUUUUCAUUUCUAAUGGCACAUCUUGCGAAUUACACGGAGGCCAACGGCGCCAUGCUGAUGCAUGAAGCGCAGCCGAGGGCCAGCGGCGGCGGCGGCGGCGGCUCCUCCGGCGGGGAUCCCCCUUGUUCCCCGCGUACCGGCGGUGGCGCUCAUUUUCACCAACACAGGCAGGAUACGCAGCCCAAUCGAGAUCACCACCACCACCACCACCACCACCAACAACAACAACAACCAGAGAGCCAUGGACAGUCUCCCGCUCGGAAAAGCUCAUCAUCUAAUGUUAAACUGGCACACGAGGAUCCUGCUGCUGCUACCAGUCACACACAGGCUACCUCAUCUGCUGUAAACCAUGCAUCUGGUCCGCCUGGUAAUGCUACAGGAGUGGUGGACGACAUCAGAAAGUGUGGCUACCUGAGGAAGCAAAAACAUGGCCACAAGCGCUUUUUCGUCCUGCGAUCUGCCAGUCGUCUAGGACCAAGCCGACUGGAGUACUACGACAGCGAGAAGAAGUUUCGUAGUAGCCUCCGGUCCUCUGGGGCUGGGGCUGGAGCUGCCUCUGCCACAACCACAGCCUCCCCCCCCAAACGGGUCAUCUAUCUCUACCAGUGCUUCACUGUCAACAAAAGGGCAGAUUCAAAGAACAAACACCUCAUAGCUUUGUACACAAAGGACGAAUAUUUUGCAAUUGUGGCCGAAAAUGAGCAAGAGCAGGAGGACUGGUACUUGGCACUCGGUGACCUCAUGAGCGAAGGCAAAAAGAGCCACACAGACUCUGAUGAACUUGAGGAGGGAUACGGUACGGUCAUGCCGGGCACCGUCUUUAAGGAGGUCUGGCAGGUUAACGUGAAACCCAAAGGUCUUGGACAAACCAAGAAUCUCACCGGCGUGUACAGGCUGUGCCUCUCUAGUACGUCCAUUCAUCUGGUCAAACUAAACUCGGAGACCCCGUGCGUCAACCUGCAGCUCCUGAACAUCAGGCGCUGUGGCCACUCGGAAAGUUUCUUCUUCAUAGAAGUUGGACGCUCUUCAUCCAUCGGGCCUGGUGAAUUAUGGAUGCAAGUGGACGAUUCGGUGGUGGCGCAAAGCAUGCACGAGACCUUCUUGGAGACCAUGAAGGCUCUCAAGGCCUUUGCCGAGUUCAGGCCGAGGAGUCAGUCGUCAGGCUCCAAUCCCAUGGCUUUCGUGACCACCCGGCGCCACCUGGGCAACCUCCCGCCCAGCCAGACAGGACUGCAGAGGCGGUCUCGAGCCGAGUCUGUCGUUGGCACCCCACCUAGCAGUAAAAGCAGUGGAUCUAGUGGUUAUAGGUUUCGCACCUCUAGUGAAGGCGAGGGCACCAUGAAUCGUCCCUUCCGGUCAGUUACAGGCAGCCUGAUCCACCUCAAUACAGCUCGGGCUAACCUUGGCAGACAUGAGAGCAGUGCUGGAAGUGGAAGCCGAUAUGUCAGAGCUGUGCCAGGUGCCAACUACCAUGCGCGGUCCGCAUCACUUCCCGUUUCUCACUUCUCUUCCACCACCAGCCCCGUCAGUAUGUCCAGCAGUAGCGGACAUGGUUCAGUUACUGACACUAAUACCCGACCUUCAAGUGCUUCCAUCUGUGGGUCCCCCAGCGAUGGAGGCUUUAACUCUUCUGAUGAGUACGGCUCCAGCCCUGUAGACUUCCGCUAUUUCAGAGUGCGCAGUAACACACCUGACUCGCUGGGUAAUACACCACCCAUCCGGGAGGAGCACUCUCUCAGUGAUUAUAUGGCGAUGGGCUGGAGUCGAGACAUGUUUAGUGGGAGUGCUGGGGAGGCUUCUCGUGAUGAAAGCACUGAUGAAGAAUCACGGUCAUUUAGGAGGAGGACACCCUCCUUCUCAAGACAGGUAGGAGUUGGCAGUGCAGGUGGUGUGACUAUGUACCAGAAGAUGACUCAGACCAACUUCUCGCUGGACGAGGCUGCGGCUGAGGGAAGUUCUCUGGGUAGCAAUGGCCAGCCUACCUCCAUCUCCUCCUCACUUCGCUCAGACUACAGCUCCAGCUCUGAACACAGCCAGGAUCACCCCCCUGUACUGCGGGCUCCUGACUCAUUUAAAGAUGAUGGAUACAUGCCCAUGAUGGUUGGUGUUGUGCCACGCGAUUCGGAUUAUAUGCCUAUGCAACCCAGUCCCCUUCUCUGUGCCUCCCAUCAGAUUCAGAACGUGGCAUCACCCGCUGCUCAGCAUACGGACUCACAAGGCUACAUGAUGAUGCUCCCGGGUGGAAGUGGGGUUGCAGACCCCUCCACUCCAGCAAGCCCUCACAUUAGCAGUAGAGUUCACGGAAAUAGAAAUGCUGAGCACUCUGAAAAUGGAGAAUACAUGGAUAUGUCCCAAAGCAGGGCCGUGCCAGGGAGAAGGAAAUUCUCCAAUGACAAUUACUACACACUGACCACUCCUGAGAUGCCCAAAGCCCACAGCUCGUAUUUCUCUCUGCCACGCUCCUACAAAACCCCAGCAAGAGAUCAGAGAGAGCAUGACGAGUAUGUUCCAAUGAGUUCUCCAGCCAAACCCAUCUACAUCUCUCCCAAUGUCACGCCUGAGCACAGUGGCAAUAGCCUUAAAAAUUCACCCCAGCUUAAUGGAUGCAGUGAUGCCCACGUUAUGGAUAACCGGACAUCACGUCCAACCAGACAAUCCCUUAGCCGACGCAGUUUUCAUGGCUCAAACUGGACAAGUGAAUCAGUGGAACGUCCCCUCAGUCCUGGAGAGUACAUCAACAUUGAGUUUGAAGAUCACGCCACAUGCCCUCUUCGUACAGAGAAUACUCUUACUAGCCAAAGCACCAGUCGUGAGCACCGGCACUCUCCCCUCCCCCAGGAUUACAUGAGCGUUGAGGUGGAUGGCCUUCCACCCAAAUGUAAAUCUUCACGUCCAUCUUUCGUGGCCCCCUGGAAUCCUCCUGCCUACAUCCGUCCCUUAAACUCUCUAUCCUCUCAGGGCGGUGUGGUACCCAGGCCAGACGACUACACAGAGAUGAGCUUUAGUCAACGAGAGGAGCGCAGGAGCCCCACAGCCAUGCUGCAGCACCUUUGCGUUCAGGAACAGAGGCAUCCAAACUCUAGCUCACCCGCUGAGCCAAAGGUAAUUCGUGCGGACCCCCAGGGCAGACGGAGACACAGCUCUGAGACUUUCGUCACAUCGUCGGGCGUGACAGAAGCAAGUGGCAUGGACACCAGCGCCGUAGUGCCUAACGCUGUUCCGAAAAUAGGGGACGGCAAGUGGCAGAGCUCAUCGUCUUGUCAGAGUGCAGGUAGCACAGAGGAAGCACCGGGCUUCUCCUCAGACCGUGCUGAAGCAAGUGCCUCAUCAGUGAGGACCAGCAGAACUGUAGAACACCAGAACGGCCUCAACUAUAUCUCACUGGACCUGAGAGAGGAUCAAGAGAGCAACAAUGGAACGUCACUUUCAGAAAACGGGGCUUAUGCCAGCAUAGACUUCACAAAAUCUGAGCAGUUCACUUCAGCUUCUAAAGAGUGAACUGGAGCUUUGAUGCCUUUGAAUGGAAGAGCCAGCGAGCACCCUGCAGGAUCGACUUCAGGGACCUCCAGUUUUUACAUCUUUGUCCUCUCUUUGGAUUUAGCCUUCUUAAUCGAGCAUUAUUAUUAUUAUUAUUUGGGUCACUAGUGUAUGAAUUUGAUGCUUUAAUUAUUUUUUUGUGAUUUUAAUUUGAAUUUUUUUUUAAUUGUGCGGAAAAACGGAGGUCCGCUUACUGGUAUGUAGAGAUUCCAAUAAAUCCUCUAGUCAGCCAUC